AUGAAUAUUUAUGAUAAAAUAAAUUAUAUUAAUAUAAAUUUCAGAUCUUAACAAAUAUUUGAAAAAAUAUUAGAAAAAGUAUUGAUUUAAUAUUUUGGGAAAUUUAUUAGUGGCUUAGAUAAGAACAACUUAAAAUUAGGAGUUUGGAGUGGAAAUAUGGUUAUUCAAAAUGUUAAUCUGAAGUCAGAGAUUAUUGAGAUGUUGGAGUUACCAAUAAAAUUAAGGUAAAGCAGUGUAGGAAAAUUAACAAUCAAAAUUCCUUGGAAGAAAAUUACAAGUGCACCUGUUGAAAUUACAAUCGAAAAUGUUUUUGUGACAUUGAUUCCACUAACUGAAUGGCACUUUGAUGAUAAUUUAGUAUUGGUAAAGAAAAUUGAAGGAUUAACAAAUUAUUGUUAAAAAUGUUUGAAAAGAGGAAUUAAGAAAAAAAAAAGUGAAGAAAAAGACAAAGGUUAUUUAGACAAGAUGGCUUUAAAAAUAAUGGAUAAGAUUUAAUUGAAAAUUGUGAAUGUCCAUAUUCGAUAUGAAUCAUUUUAUAAUUGGGGCAUCACUUUAGAGAUGCUUGAUAUUUUCACAAUUAACUAGAUUUGGCAAAGAAGUUAUAUCGAUAGUUCAGAGGUUUAAAAUGUGAGCAUGAAUAAGUUAUUUUAAUUGAAAAAUUUAGCCAUUUAUUGGAAUAUAAAAAGUGAAGAUAAUAUUGUGGAAUAUAAUAAAUUUAUGGAAGAAAGAAUUUUAAAAUAAAAUUUAGAAGCCAAAGAGUAUUGUAAUGUUAUCAUAGUUAUUAAUGCAGAAAUGAAGGUAGUUUAGAAUGAUUCAAAUACUUAAGAAGCUUUAAAAGAUAUGUAAUUAUAUUUAGAUGAAAUAAAUCUGAUAGUUCAAUAAAUGCAGUUUUAACAAUUUGUACACUUUGUUGAAUAAUUUUCUACUUUUUCAAAACUCUUAUGGUUGUAAAGAAAAAAAUAGCUUAUCAAAGUGUCUGAAACAAAUUAGUUUUAAUAAUGUUUUGUUAUAUUAUUUCCUAAAGUUCAAUAGUAUGGUCUGGUUCAUUUAGAUUCUACAGAAAAGUAUAAUUUUUAUUAAAUUAUAAGAGCUGUUGAAUAUAAUUAAUUAUUAGAUUGGGUAUAAAUCUCUGCCAGAUAACUGAUAAAGGAAGCCAAAAUAACUAAAGCAACAACAGAUAAAAUCUAAAAGAGACAGCAUGGUGGAAGUCUGAUAAAAAAUAAGCCUAAGAUAUUUAUUUAGAUGAAGACGAAAUUCUGGCAAUUAAUAAAUAAAUUGAUUAGAUAUUUCAAGAGGAAAGGAAAAAAGUUCUGAGCAGGCCAGAUGAAUCAAUAGAAUAUAAAUUUUCUUUUUAAUUAAAUAAGGGUAAUUUAAAGAUCGAGAAUAAAGGAGAUGGAUUGUAAAUAAUUUUUUCUGGCAUAUAAUGUUCGUCUGAAACUCGUGUCAAUUAAAGCUGCAAUGUGAUUUUUAAAUUAUAAAGCUUAAAUUUGGAUUUAAUAAUCAAAGAUGAUACACAACCCUUUUUGUUAUAAAUAAAAUGAAGUGAAUAAGAUAGAUUAAUUUCUAAAAGUUCACUUUAAAAAAAAUCCAAAACACUUUGAAGAAGAUGCAUCCAUGAUGAUUUAAGUUGAACCUAUUGAAUGCACAUACAAUAAUGAAAUAAUAAGAAAAUGGAAUAAUUUUUUUAAUAUUGAAGGAGUGUUAGAGAAUGUUGUUCAAAUAGCAGCAUAAGAAAAGUUAAAUUAAGUGAGUAAUCAAACAGCCAUCAGGUUAGAUUAGGUAAUUAACAGUUCAUAUAGAUUGGAACUAUUCGUUUUGAUUGCCAGCCCCAGAAUCAUUUUAAAUAAUAUUAUUUUUGAUUUGGGUAACCUAAGUAUAUAAAGUAAAAAAGAUACAAGGAACUAUGAUUAUUAUCCUCUUACAAUAAAAAAUCUAAAUUUAAAGUCUAAUUAAUUUGACAUACUUAAAAAUUUAUCCCUGUAAUUUUCUCUUGAAAGAAUGAAAGGAGUAAUGAAUCAUCCAGAAAAACCUUGGCUUAAUUUAAGUAGCAUAAUACCAAAAGUUUCAUUCAUUUUAACUGAGAAAAUUUAGAAAGAAAUAUCUAAUUUAGAUCAAUUAAUUUAUCUUUAAAAAAGUGAGGAGGAAAAGUUAAAAAAAAUAACAAAAGAAAAAGAAUAAAUAAUAAAAAAUUCUAAAUAUAAAGGGGAACUUAUUAAGAAAAUAAAUUUUUUAUGGACCAAAAGAUAUGCAAUAGUUCCAGGAACAUUUUUAUAUUGUUAUGAAAAGGAACAUGCUUUAAAAUGA